CGCGGAUUGACCACUCCUUUGGGGCUUUUUUUUCCUUGGAUAUCUAAGGGGGGGAAGCUAAUCCACAAUCAUGACUGACGCGCAGCAAGAGGCCCGCUCCUACCUGAGCGAUGAAAUGCUGGCUGAGUUCAAGGCCGCCUUCGACAUGUUCGACACCGACGGUGGCGGUGAUAUCAGCACCAAGGAGUUGGGCACCGUGAUGAGGAUGUUGGGACAAAACCCAACGAGGGAGGAGCUGGAUGAGAUCAUCGAGGAGGUGGACGAGGACGGCAGCGGUACCAUCGACUUCGAGGAGUUCUUGGUCAUGAUGGUGAGGCUGCUCAAGGAGGACCAGGCCGGCAAGAGCGAGGAAGAGUUGGCGGAGUGCUUCCGUGUUUUUGACAAGAACGCUGACGGCUACAUCGACAAAGAGGAAUUCUCCCUGAUCAUCCGCAGCACCGGUGAGCCCAUCACGGAGGAGGAGAUCGAUGAGCUGAUGAAGGACGGCGACAAGAACGGCGACGGCAUGCUGGACUUUGACGAAUUCCUCAAGAUGAUGGAGAAUGUGCAGUAAAAGCAGACAUGCUCAUGGACGUUCCUCCUUCACCCAUGUGAAUCCCCCCGCAGUCGAAUUUAUCUGAGCCCCUCACGCUGUUCACCCAGGAUCAAUUCAGUCUCCGUCCUCAGUCACCCUAAACCGAAAGAUUUUGCACCCUGAAGAGAAGAGGAGGACGGGGGUCUUUCUUGGUUGGACGGGCUCAACUCUUUAGCGCAUCCAGACAGCUCACGGACGCCGUAUCGAGAUGAAGUCUGAAAAGGACGACUGCGGCUGUUCCCUUUCACGGACCACAGCCCAGUAAGAACCCCCAACCACCUCGUUUUCUUCCAGCUCUACUCUAGAUGUAGAAAAGCAACCCAGUACUUAGACCAAUUCAUCGAACACCACGUCACUGUACAAAGAAGUUACCUGAUUGAGUAGAGAAAUAGAGAAUAAAUGAACUGACAACAUGCUCACUUGUAGUCGGUCAUA